GCCUGCACCUGCCAGUGAGCCAGUUCAGCCUUGCCCGGCCUAGGAGACUCCUGGGAGCCCCAAGCCCCACCUGCAGCCGAGCCCCAACACAAAACUCGACUCCUCUUCUUCCAUCUCUAAACGGGGCCAUCGGACCUCUAACUUUCUUGCGUUACCUCCUCAGUCUGUUAGCUCUUCAGCACCUGUUGCCUUCACUAGCAGCUUUUCUUCCUCCUCUUCCCUGCACUCCCCAGAACCAAAGAAUGUGAAGGGGGUCCAUGGAGGCCUCACGUCCCCGCGCCCCGGGCGGCCACUUAGCGCCCUCGCCCCCGGCCUUCGACGGCGAACUGGAUCUGCAGCGCUACUCCAACGGGCCGGGCGUGAGCGCCGGGUCUCCAGGGAUGGGGGCCGUGGGCUGGUCGGAGAGUCGCGCGGGCGAAAGGCGCUUCCCGUGCCCGGUGUGCGGGAAGCGCUUCCGUUUCAACUCCAUCCUGGCCCUGCACCUGCGGGCGCACCCGGGCGCCCAGGCCUUCCAGUGCCCGCACUGCGGCCACCGCGCCGCGCAGCGCGCCCUCCUGCGCUCGCACCUGCGCACGCACCAGCCUGAGCGCCCGCGUAGCCCCGCCGCGCGCCUGCUGCUGGAGCUGGAGGAGCGCGCGCUGCUGCGCGAGGCCCGGCUGGGGAGGGCCCGGAGCGCGGUCGGCGUGCAGCCCGCCCCUCCCGCCGCCGCCGCCGCCGCCGCCGAGGGCCCGGCGCGGCCCCAGGCCCCCGCGUCGUCCGCCUUCCGGUGCCCCUUCUGCAAAGGCAAGUUUCGUACCGCGGCGGAGCGCGAACGCCACCUGCACAUCCUGCAUCGGCCCUGGAAGUGCGGCCUGUGCAGUUUCGGCGCCAGCCAGGAGGAGGAGCUGCUGCACCACAGCCUGACGGCCCACGGCGCCCCCGAGCGCCCCCUGGCGGCCGCCCCCGCGGCGCCCCCGCCGCCGCCGCCGCCCGAGCCCAGGCCGGCGCCCGCGUCCGCGUCCGCGUGUGAGCCCGAGCCCGAGCGCGACGCCCCCACCCCGCCGCCGCCGCCGCCGCCGCCGGAGGAGCCCCCCGCGCCCCCGGAGUUCCGCUGCCAAGUGUGCGGCCAGAGCUUCACGCAGUCCUGGUUCCUCAAGGGCCACAUGCGCAAGCACAAGGCCUCUUUCGACCACGCGUGCCCCGUGUGCGGCCGCUGCUUCAAGGAGCCCUGGUUCCUCAAGAACCACAUGAAGGUGCACGCCAGCAAGCUGGGCCCGCUGCGCGCCGUGGGGUCCGCCUCCGCGGCGGCGCGCGCCCCGCAGCCCCCCGACCUCGGCCUGCUGGCCUACGAGCCGCUCGGCCCCGCGCUGCUGCUGGCGCCCGCGCCCCCCGCCCCCGCGCCCCCCGCACCCGAGCGCCGGGAGCCGCCCAGCCUGCUGGGCUACCUGAGCCUGCGGGCGGGGGAGGCCCGGCCCAACGGGGACGGCGCGGAGCCCGGGGCUGGCCGCGGCUUCGCCGGCUUCCGCCCCGCGCCCGCCGCCCUCCCGGCCCGGUCUCGCCGGCCCCGCGCCGAGGAGCCGGACGACGAGGAGGAGGUGGUGGAGGCGGAGGACGAGGCCUGGGCCCGCGGCAGGCCGGGGGGGCCGCUGGCUCCGCUGCACGCGCGCCCCGCCGAGGGCCCGGGGCUCGCCGCACCUGCCGCGGGGGCGCAGGCCAGGCCCGCCUCGCAGGAAGAGAACGGGCUGUUAGCUGGAGGGACUCGGCCCGAAGGCGGCCGUGGAGCCACGGGGAAGGACUGCCCCUUCUGUGGAAAGUCUUUCCGCUCAGCACAUCACCUUAAGGUGCACCUGCGAGUGCACACAGGCGAGCGCCCCUACAAGUGUCCGCACUGCGACUACGCGGGCACCCAAUCUGGCUCGCUCAAGUACCACCUGCAGCGCCACCACCGGGAGCAGCGCAGCGGGGCCGGGCCCGGCCCCCCCCCGGAGCCGCCACCCCCUUCCCCGCGGGGCUCGGCACAGCCGUCGGGGGCCAAGCCCGCCCCGCAGCCGGCCGCCUGGGCAGAGGGCGCCGCGCACCCCCGGCCUCCCCCGAGCGCGGCGGCGCCCGGGUCCCGUCGGAAGCCCGCCAGUCCCGGGAGGACCCUGCGCAACGGGCGAGGCGGUGAGGCCGAACCCCUGGACCUGUCCCUGCGGGCGGGGCCGGGGGGCGAGGCCGGGCCGGGGGGCGCCCUCCACCGGUGCCUCUUCUGCCCCUUCGCCACCGGAGCCCCGGAGCUCAUGGCCUUGCACCUGCAAGUGCACCACAGCCGCCGGGCUCGGGGCCGCCGACCGCCCCCGGCGGAUGCGUCCCCACCCUACGCCCCCGCACAGUCCGCAGAGACCCCCCGUCCUCCGCAGGAGGGGGAGGAGGGCCCCGGGCUGCCGGGGGCCCAGGAGCGGUAGGGAGCCCGACUAGGGGCGGUUAGCGUAGUGAGCUCCCCCGCGGGGGCGGGGGGCCUAGAGGUAGUGGGUAGAGCAGCCAGCGGGGGGCAGCGUGGGGCCCGCAGCCGCGCCCCCGCGGAGCAGAGGUGAGGGGUGGAGGGCGUAGGAGGGUGGGCGGGCGGCACCCACCCAGCCCAGGGGAGAGUCACAGUGCCUUAGCAGUGGCAGGGGGAGGAGCGGAGGACGGGGUCUGGGCUGCCCAGGCCGGGCCCCGGGGAGGAGGCGCUCUGCCGGUCUUCGCUGGUCCAUAGGCGACAGAGUUUAUUUUUGUACAAUGGGUGGGGGUGGGGGGCACUGUACCCUUCUAGCCCUUUCAGGGGCCCCUGUAGACGUCGCUAUUUUUGGUACAAUUCUUGUCACCCCUGUCGCAGAGUUGUGUCCCCAAUAAACAGGUGUCUUGAGGCACAGGGC